CUUCUCUCAGGCUUCCUUUGCUCAUUUCCGAAUUAAGCAUGGGGAAGAAUACCAAGAAUGCCGUGCAAACAAUAUGCUGAUGAGGAAAAUGUUGAAUCAACCGUAAAAUCAUUUAUUUAAUGGACUGUGGUGAGCAAAAGGCACACGGGUCGAGUAUGGAAUCUGUCCGUCAGUCUUUUUUUUUGGAUGGGAUCAGCUGACACAGAGGAAGACAUCAGCGGAAACUGAUCUCUGGUCACAGAUGAUGGUUCAUCAAAUAUUCAGCUCCCAAACGCUUUCCACUUUGCUUUCUUUUUGGGAAGACCAGAAUGACACUGUUCAAGAUUUCAGGAAUUUGGACAGGUUUUGACAGUCAAGAUUUUCUUUUCUCAUUCUAUUUAAAAUUUCAUUUACUGUAUGCAUUAUAAAAGUGUUUAAGCACGAACACCAUAAUGCGUAUCAGUUUUUGCCAGGCUCUCUUAACAGGAGCAAUAAUUUUGAACUUGCUCAUCCUGUAUUAUGUCUCACGGGCCCAGCAGCAGAUGAUGGAGAAGCGUCGGGAACAAAGUAAGGGCUUAAAGAAAGCCUCUCUGGCUGUGUCAGGACUGGGAGCUAUGGGUAAUCUGGCAGGUGGAAGUAUGGUUGGCGGCUCCAAAAUGGGAGGCCUCGAGGGCAACAUGCGUGGUCCACGCAUCACGAUUCUCGUCCGUGAAUUUGAAGACUUUGAAAACUACGUUGGUGAUGUUGCACGCUCUUUUUUGCGCCAGAGACCAGAGUUGCCUUUCCUUGCUGUAGCCGAAAAUCCACCGUAUCCUCCUCUGGCUCUCCCCGAGGGAGCCCGUCUCCUGGUGUUGUCACCAAGCCCCGACCAGCCUCCACAAACCCACCGUCCCGAGUUUAAUGUGCAGACGGAGUUUGCUUUGUUAGUUCCAGAUGGCGUGGAGCUGGACCACAGCCGACAAAUUGAGCGUCUUAUUCGGGAGCUGGAAGGGGAAGGUGGCGGACCAGUCCGACUUGUCGCCGCACCUGUGCUGACCCGCUCGGCGGUGCAGUGCCUGCACCUUCGGGUGAAUUUGCGGGAAUGGACCGCGACCUACACCCCUGCAGCCUCAGGGAGCAGCGGUAGCGUCUGCACAGCCCUGCAGGGAGACGCCGUGGUUCUUAUCCGCACCGAGGACCUCUUCAACCUCUCGGUUCCCUUAGGGCGCCCCCUGAUGUCUUCCUUGUUUGUCCAAACUUCUCUGCGCGGCUGGAAGGUCAAGCUCCUGGAGGGACCUUCGUUCUCCGCAAGUCAUCGCCCGCUGUUUAGCUCAGCACACAACCAGUGGAAGGCGGACAGCCGCCUAAAAGAUGCCACCAAUCACCUUAUGCGUAGCUUCGGCUUGAAACGCGUGGUGCUGCCUGAUGGUCGAGAUCAGUGGUUUGGCUGCAGUAAGGAGACCGCACGAUGUUUCGGCACAGUGCGUGACGACACACCAGAAUACCUUUACAUAGAGCGCUGGACUCCACCUUGCUGCUUGCGCGCCCUCCGAGAGACCACUAAGUAUGUUAUCAAUAUCUUGGAGAGCUCCGGCGUACGUUACUGGCUGGAAGGGGGUUCCUUGUUGGGAGCAGCCCGACACCAGGACAUAAUUCCAUGGGACUACGACGUGGAUUUGGGCAUCUACUUAGAGGACGUUCCAAAUUGCGACUAUCUAAAGAACCUGGACUCCGGCUCACUGGUGGACGCUAACGGCUAUGUGUGGGAGCGAGCGGUCGAAGGCGACUUCUACCGUGUGCAGUAUAGUGAAGCCAACCACUUGCAUGUGGACUUGUGGCCCUUCUACCCUCGCAAUGGAGUUAUGACCAGGGACACUUGGACUGAGCAUAAACAAGACGUGGAGUUCCCAGAACAUUUCCUGCAACCCCUGGUGCCAAUGCAGUUUGCAGGCAUCACAGCUUAUGGUCCGAACAACCACCGUGCCUUUUUGGAACUCAAGUUUGGUGAAGGGGUUAUUGAGAACCCCCAGUAUCCAAACCCUGCCAAGAAACGACUGGACAGGAGUCGCACAAUAGGAUCGUAGCAAGCAGUAACUUAAUGUGCCACAAUUGCAUUUCUUACGUUUUAAACUUUAUAGAGACUGAAGGUUUUGAACUGUAUCAGAACUUAUCACUUGAAUGUUAGUAUUUCUUGCCAAUUUUAUUUAUUGUAUGUGUGUGCUGAUUUGGGGAGUCACAAGUCUCAAAAGUAGUCUAAAUACACUGUAGGUAACAAUGGUAAUAAAAGUUAUAAACAUCUAAGUAUGUAAUAUUUCACAUUGCAGUAUCCCAGGAAUUCACAAAGGGCAAAGCUUUUUUUAUUAUACAUGAAUACUAAUAUAUCGCAGGGGUGUCCAAACUCAGUGUCCUGCAGAGUUUAGCUCCAACCCCAAUUAAACACACCUGAACUAGCUGAACUAAUCAGGCUCUUACUAGGCAUAUUAGAAACUUCCAAACAAGUGUGCUGAGGCAAGUUGGAGCUAAACUCUGCAGGACACGGCUCUCCAAGACCAAGUUUGGACACCCCUGAUAUUUCGGUUUCUAAAGCACAGGAGUGCCCAAAGUCAGUCCUGGUGGGCGGGUUUCCUGCAGAGUUUAGCUCCAACCCCAAUUAAACACCUGAACCAGCUAAUCAAGAGCUUACUAGGCAUACUGGAAUCUUCAGGCAGGUGCGCUGAGGCAAGUUGGAGCUACACUUUGUAGGACACCGCUCUCUAAGACCAAGUGUGGACACCCCUGAUAUUUCGGUUUCUAUAGCACAGGAGUGCCCAAACUUGGUCCUGGAGGGCCACUGUCCUGCUGAGUUUAGCUCCAACUUACUAGGCAUAUUAGAAAUGUCCAGGCAGGUGUGUUGAGGCAAGUUGGAGCUAAACUCUGCAGGACACCGGCGCUUCAGGACUGAGUUUGGACUCCUCUGAUAUUUCGGUUUCUAUAGCAGUUAAACACUAAACCAGAAGUUCUCAACUCCGGCUCUCAAGGCCCACUUUCCUGCAGAGUUGGCUCUAACUCUAAUCAAACACACCUGAACAAUCUAAUCAAGUUCUUCAGGAUCACUAGAAAGUUUGAAUUUUUAAACAUAUUGCUAGAGAAAAAUCACCUAUUGCAUUAUUGCAUAAUUUAAAGUAAAUGCUGGCAUAUGAAAAAUGUAUUCAUGUUUGUAGGUCCACAAGUGUACUAUUUAUUAAACAACCCAGACAGCUCAUUAAAACCUUGAAAGGACUGCUUUUUAACUUAAUAGUCAUUAUUAUACCACCAUGAACUUUGUAGAGUGUAGGAUGUUUUGACAUAUGGUGACAGUGGUGUACGCUAAUUUUGACAGAAGCUGGAAUGCCCUUUUAACGAGUUUUUAUUUGUAAAUCUUUUUUUUUUUUUCUGUGAAAAUGGUUGUAAAUGGAAAAGGUUACAUAAAAAUGCCAGUGAAAAGAAGCUAUUGUUUUGUGCACACAUUCACUUUAUUAAUGAUAUUUGCACCAUGUUGCAUGAUAAUAACUUUGUACUCAGUGUUGGGAAGGUUGGAAAUGUAAUAGGUUACGGAUUAGUUACCCUAUUUAAAAUGUAAUAAGUAGUGUAACUUUUAGUUAUUUUAUUAAUGUAACUGAUUACAUUGGAUUACUUUUUGAUUAUUUUUCUAAGUGAAUGCUUUCAACUGUUAAUCAGUUAAUCAACUCUCAGACAGAUUGUAGCCUAAAGCUUCCAGCGACAAUGCGAAUUAAAUAAUUGGCAGAUGUGAUGCUUUGCAAAUUCAAACAAGAGAACCUAUCAAAAACAUCAGAAUAGCAUUGCUUUACUAAACAGCCUUUAGAUGGCAGGAGACUUUGUGCAUAUCAAAAACAGGCAAAGCAAGAAACAUAUCCUAGCUUUUUACACAAAAUAUUCAGAUGUAACCCCUUUGUGAUCAUUAAUAUUUUCAUAACUAAUGUAAUUACACAUUUUUUCUCAGUAACUGCAAUGGACAUGUAACUAGUUACUCUCCAACACCGUUUGUACUUUCGCUGUUUGCUGUACUUUUUGAUGUCAGACUGUUUGACCUCAAUUUUUGUUUAAAUGUAACUCAUUUUUUAAUGUUUUGUUUUGUCUUGGUGUUUGACAAAUAUACUUUGUAAUGUUCAUUAUGUAAAUACAUCCUGACCAUCGAAUAUUUAACAAACAGCAUAACACAAUUCAAACUGUCUUAACGUCAAUGUUUUUCACGUGUCUGGAAAUAAACCAAC